CCAGAACUGCCUUCUCCUCUGCAGGCCCUGCGAAUUGCACAAACUCCACCCCCCAGCCACAAUCCUUCAUGGUGGUUUGACCAAUGGGAAAAUCUUCACUCUCCAGUAGAUAAAAAGAACAAGUAAAACGAGCCCUGUUGUCCUCUGGAACAAGGUAGAAACAAUUGUGUUUUGAAGACACAGAAGCUGCUAAGUUUGCAGGGACAGUUCUUAGCAAAUGUCAACUUUUCGUGUGCUUUCUGUGUCAGAGCAGGUGAUUAAAACACAAAACGAAAGAGAGUCUCUAGAAGGUGGGAUGGAAACAUGCUCAGAUAUGGGCAGAGAUAAGAAGCCUGCACCUCAGAGGCUGCCAAAUACCAACUGCUUUGACUGGCAGGGAAACGAAUGGGGAAGAAAAGGCAAAAUAACCAACUGAAAAUUUCAAGUUAGAACAGAGAAUGAGAAGUACAUCCUUUCCAACAGUAGCAUUUUACAGGGGUGGGGAAGAGAGGGGCAGAACUAGAUCUGAGUGUGGGAUGGGUCUGGGUGGCUGCAGUGGUUAAGAGGCUUCCAGAAGCAGGUACACUCCCUGACUGGUUUUAAUUCUUCAAAAAAAUAAAUAAAUAAAAGGCACUGCUUAGUGAAAUAUUAGUGCUUUACUGCAGCCCUUGUCCGGAGGGACUCUAGAGAGAAGAUCCCAACAGCCUGGGGCCCUGGGGCCAAAGGCCCAGCCGUUCCUGAAGUGCCGCCAACCGAGGGAGGACAGCAGCGAGAUUGCCAGGGACGGGACGGGCCGAGCUAAGGAGGCCACGCCAAACAGGAAGCCCACACCCAGACACACAUCUGGAAAGGAGAGAGAGCGAGCAGAACUAACGUCAAGAUCAGCCUUCCAAACGGUUUCCAGAGAUGGAUUAUCUUACUUUCUUCUUGGCUAUUCUUCACGUAUACAGAGCUCUAUGCGAAGAGAUGUUUUGGGACACAACUGUUAAACUUGCUGAAAAUAUGAGUCUACAGUGUAUAUACUCAUCACUGGACACCUUAACCCAGAUGGAGUGGUUCAAGAUCAAUACAACAAGCAGAGAGCUUAUAGCCAUUUUCAGCCCUAUUUAUGGUGGGGUUGUAAAACAACCCUAUACUUACAGGGUUUACCUUUUAAAUUCUACUGCGGCUCCUAAUGAUAUGACCCUGUACUUUCAUAAUGCCUCUGAGGCUGAUAUUGGCUUCUAUUCUUGCUUUCUUCAUACUUUCCCACAUGGACAUUGGGAAAAAGUAAUCCAGGUGGUUGCAUCAGAUAGUUUUGAGAUAGCUGCACCAUCAAAUAGGCACAUAGUCUCCGAACCUGGAAAAAAUGUCACGCUCACCUGUCAGCCUGCCGGGAAGUGGCCAGUACAACAAGUUACAUGGGAAAAGAUCCAGCCCCAUCAGAUCGACAUCUUGACUAUCUGUAACUUGUCCCAAGGGAAGAGUUAUGCUUCAAAGUACCAAAGAGAGAUAUGGAGCAGCUGUAGUCAGGACAUGAGGAGCACCUUCAUCAUCAUGCCCCAUGUUACGGCCUCUGACUCGGGACUUUACCGCUGUUGUUUCAAGGCCAGCACAGGAGACAGCGAAACAUUUGUGAUGAGGUUGACUGUUACCGAUGGUGAGUACAAUGGUAAAACUGAUAACCAAUACAUUCUCUUUGUGGCUGGAGGGGCAGUUUUAUUGUUGCUGCUUGUUAUCCUAAUUACCACCAUCAUUGUCAUUUCUUAUAAAAGGAGAAGGAGACAGAAAGAAUUAUUUAAAGAGUCCUGGGGUGCACAGAAUAAGGCAGGCAACAACUAUAGAAAUCCCAACCCUACCAAUCAAUCAUCGGAUGGUGCCACAGAGGAUGUUUAUGUCAACUACCCAGCCUUCUCUCAUAGGCCAAAGACCAGAAUCUAAGCUUUUUUCUUGAUCUAAGCAAAUUUAUGAUGACUGUUAUGUAUGUGAAUCUUUAUAUAAUCUUUUCCCACUAUUCAGUGCCUACCCUGGAUACCAGUUGACUAAAUGUAUUUAAUUUGAAAGGAAGAAUACUUUAUAACCUAGAGAACUUUCUUAGCAGAAAUGUUUCAGAAAAUAUGACUCUAAUUAGCUUACAAUAAAGGGAAACUUACGGAAUCACAUAACGGAACAAUCCAGGGGAGAUCAAACUUCAGGCAAAUGUUAUUUACCAAGGUCUAAAUGUCAUCUCUAGAAUUAAGUAUGGGUAUAAACCUGUUUCUGGAUCCCCUUUCAUGGUGUUGGUUACACUUUAUUGGUGUUAGCCUAACUCUUAUACACAUGUUUCCGUUGUGUUUUGAACAACAACUGGCCAUUCAUAAUUCUUGUUUUUGCCUUGUUAAUUCUCUGAUAGAAUAAGUACAUUUGGUUAUUUGUCCAUCAUUAAACAGGCAUCAUGGCUGGAAAGAAUGAAAUGGUUUAAGUCAAUGAAGGGUCUACCUCUAGAACCAGGAGUUAGGCCAAAGCACAUUACUGGGAGAUUCAGAGUAUCCUUAGAGGAGGGAGAUGGGGCCUGGAAGCUGGGCUGAUGACCAACAAACGUGGACUGCAAUGACAUUCCAGAACAUCUCUUGUUAACCAAUUAAAAAGAGAAUAUGUAGAUGGAUCUGGGUUAGCUCUCUCCCUCCUCACUUUAAAAUCUGCUAUAUCAGCAGAGUCCAGAAGAGUAGCUGGCAGCAAAUAAAUGAAUGGUCAAGAGGAAGAUAAAUGUGAUAGGGAAGUCUCAUCCCUUUUUAUUAUCACAUGAAGUAAUUUCUGAUUUUACAUAGAAUUCUUGCACUCUCCCUGGCCUAGCUUCAUGAGCAAGUAUGAUAGAUGAUGGUCCAAUAAUAAGGUUUUUGAUAUUUAAAUUUUCCACUUUUGAGAAUUAUUUUUGUUAUGUAAAUCCUCUCAAAAGAGGCAUCUAAGCAUUAUUAGUUGUUUUUUUCUUAAAUAAUUGUGGAAAAAAAAUAAUUGUGGAAAAUCUGAAUAUAGGAAAAAGAAUAUUAGUUGGAAGUGUGGUUUCGGUUGUGGUAGAAACAUGAUGGGGAGGAACAUUGGGAAGCUAAAGGGAAGGGGAACAGGGAACAAAGAAUGGGAAGAUACAGAGAGAAACUUGUCUUGCUCCACAGUUUAGCCAAAGACAACCCUAGUGAUAUCACUACAGAGCAAUUAGUGGCCAUCCUGCCAUUGUCCAAAUUCUAGAUGGAGUCAAACAAUGAAAAGUAUUUCUGAAGCUAAAUAAUGGUCAUGAUCACUUUGAAACUCGAAUGGUCAUUACUAAAGACAGCGAUCAUUCAUGUCUCAAAUAUUUGUUACUCAUCACUAAAACACUCACCACAGAAAUUGCAUGUAAGUAUCCAACUUGUAGAUUUUUUUGAUAAUUUUAAGUGAACCAAAACCAAAUUCUCAUGUUAUCUAGGAAGAUUCUAAGCUGUAAUUUACAGUUUUAAGUGAGUCAGUGGAUGCUUUAUGACUAUAGCUUUAACUACAUGCCUGCCCAAUAGCAGUUAUUCUGUGAGUUACAGAAAUUAUGAGUGCUCCUGCUUUCUUCAACAGAAAGGAAAAAGUAAAAAUGUCUACUUCUCAUGAGGUAUUUCCAGAUUCUCAGUGACUAAUCUGGGUGAGAAGGAAAACAUGUCUCCCAACGCAAUAUGGGGAAAUGUAAAUCCCACUUGAACAGAGAAGAUGUUGGGGGAUGGGGGAGUGCACAGUACAACCCGAUGCAACUGUCCUGGUGGUUUCACUCAUGGAAGACUUUGGCAGCAGAGCCUCCAGAACAUUGGAACCCUGCCUCUUUUUCCAUGGAUGUUUUAAUUUUUCUUUAAUCUGUCUCUCACAAUAUUUACGAGAAUUAUAUACUCUGUCUUCUUUCUGUAUUGUUCCUCUGCAAAGUUUAGGAUUAUUCAGGCAUUUGGGACUUUUAAAUCCUGCUGGAAUUUCUUUGAAACCCCCCACCCCCACCCCUAGCUACUGGUCUUAUUUCACUCUCAGGUGUUCAUGCUGAUGAAGUUCUGCUCACUAAUUUUCUUUGGACAUCUUUACCUAUUAGCAAAGCACUUUCAUUGUUGUCUGUUUAAUAUUAUUCUUAAUUUGCUAGAGUUUUGUAACUCUAUACACACAUAUAUAUCUACUAUAUAGAUACUACGUGGUAUAUAUAGUAUAUUGUAUGUAUAUGUGUUACACUCACACAUAAAUAUGUACAUAUAUAUAUAUUUCCCCCUAAUCUGUUGUACCCACUAUUCUGGUUGUUACUAAGAAAACAGUUCCACAGAAUAAAAAGUCAGAAUUGAAUUAAAUUAUGUUUUAAAUCUUGUUUGAAAGGUGCUACUUGGGGGACAAGAUGCUUCCUAAGAUUGUUUUUUAUGUACAUAAUUUAUGAUGAUAUAUAUUACAUUAAAAAUCUGUGUUUCCUUUGAAUGCCAUAACUGUAAAUUUGAAUAUUUACAGUAAGGUAACUAAUUAAAGGGAAUUGGUAAGUGAUGUCAAGUUAGGUAAGUUUGUUAAAUGUCAUUAUAGAGUGUACAGUUUUGUCAGGGAAAGGAUAUAUGCCAUUAACCUAUGAUGAUUAGAUAUUGAUUAUAUUAUCAUCAGAGAAACCUUGAGAUAUUACUUAAAGGCCUUUAUGUACACUGAAAAAAUAGAAUUGAAAUUUCACUAGCUUGUGAUUAUGCUUAUAGGUGCCAGACAGUAAAUGAGGCUAUAUUCUUUAGUUAGUAAAUACUAAAUUUAUAGGAUUUUUAAGUAAGUCAGUUUAUUACUAAAGUAUUAUACAUAUAAAUUUAAAAUACAUUGGUUAUCAAUUUACAAGACAAAGGAAGAUAAAAGUAACUUUAGUAAGUUUACUUUCAUUGUAAAUAUUCAAGUUAUGUUGGCUUAUAUAGAACUAUCUUAAAUUACACCUACAUUACAGUACUUUCCAAAUUGGUAGAGUCCACUUUGUAAUUAGAAAUUGCUGUAAUCAAAAUGCUUCUCCUUGAUUUAUAAUAAUGUACUAUAUUCUGUACUGCUUGUAUGAGAUUUCAGCAAGAUUGGAGGUAUUGUAUGCUUAUAAAGUUUAGGUGGAGGCACCAAAUUGUGAGUGCAAUGUUUAACUUCUUUCCACAAUAGUGAAAAAAAAUCUAUGAAAAGUAAAAAGUGAUGCAACCCUAUCACACAAUUAAGUAUCACCAUUAGUUUCACUACAAUUAGAACAUAGUGUCUAUAAAGUGUCGACAUUCACAUUCAGGCUUUUGCAUAAAUUAAUAUAUUUUUCAACUGGCCUUUUCACUGGAAUUAUUCUAAGUCAAGUCUCUAGGCUCUAACAUAUUUAUCCGAAACAUAUAAACAAGUAUUUUAAGAGACGUUUCUAUUGCUGGUGAUGCAUAUGUAGAACUGUGGCUUCUGGAAUUCACUGCAAAGAUUUCUAAGGGAAUUUUACAAAUCUUCAAGGUUGGUUUAGAUAUUAUUUCAGAUUCAAAGCACCAACUGUGUUGUAAGGUAUAAUAAAAGACGUAAUCUGA